GUCGUCCCAUUGUUGCUAGGCCCGUUUAAAAUUUGGAUUACGGAUAAAGGGAUUAGGAAACCGUUGCAUGUAGAUAUGUUUUAUGGCUGUCAUCAAUAUUGUGUAUCGAUCACGGGUGAAAUACGCAAAAAUCUAUCACGAGUUUACUAUCUGGAUCCAUUCGUAAACGGAUCUAAAUUUAUUUAUUGUAUCGGUAGCAGUAGAGUGUAAACAAACACACUCGGGAUGGCGGAAAUCUAGUGAUAUACGGUGAAUAUUAAGGGUGUGUUUAUCGCCACUUUAAGAACGAUGUACAUGCGCUGAAUUCGUGGAUUUACUGGAUAUAAGAAAUAGUGUUUGAGAUGUCAUUUUAAGUGUAUCCGUGGUUUUACACUAAAUACCUCCGCAAAAAUUGAUGUGAGAAUUUGCAUGUUUAAUAAAAUACGAAACACUCUCAGAGAUCCCACAUCAUUGAAAUCAUAAUGAGUGUAUAGCAGUGUACAGUAGCAUAGUUCACACAUGACGAUACUGAAAUCCAAUGUACAAUAAAGAUCUGUAUAAAAAUUCGUGUACUUCACACAUAGUGAAAUAACGUAGAAAAGAUUGAAGUAAGGAUAUAUUAUACGUACAGGCACCCAAAGGCCCAUGCAGUACAAUAAUGAGAGUGUGAACCACUAAAUCGCUCGUUGCUAUAAGGAACCACGUGAGUGCCUCUGCCGGAAGGAGAGUGGGGGUGGAGAGAUGAUGGCGGGGCAGAGGGAGGGCUCCGGAAGGCCCUACACGGUGGGCUCGUUCCAGGCCAAGCUAAACCAGUUCGAGGAACUUAUGAAGGAGAUAACGCUGCAAGACCUGGAGGCGACCGCUGAAGAGAAGCGGCAAAUGAUCACAGAAAACCUGCGUUAUGACCAGUUCUGUGACGCCAUACGGCAGCUGUUCGGCUCGGAUAUCAAGAACCAUGACCUCAAGGCGCUCUACCGAAAGAUAUCAACAAACCCGGACGCCAAGGUCGACUGGAGCGAGCUGUUUGGGUACAUCCAGACGAGCGCGGAGGAGGCGGAGGAGAUCAUGGUAGGAGAGGAGGUCAGCAUCUUCACCGUCUCCAAGAGACACCGGGUCGGGGAGGCCGCCGGCGAUAAAAAGCGACGCGACAUCGUUCAGUGUUUAAAGUAUGUGCCAAGCCUUGACAGCUACAUAUCCUGUUCACAGAAAGGUGCCUUAGCGCUCUGGUCAAGUAAAUUGAAGCUGCAGGCCUGUAUAGAUAUAAAUAAUAAUAAUAUACAGGACAUCACAGAAGCUGCCUGGGUGACUGGUUGCGACUAUUUACCAAGUAUCAGACGGGCGGCUUGCUGCACAGAACGUAGCAUCAUCAUCUGGGAUAAUCGGUCCAAGGGUAAAAACCAGCACGUGUUUGCAAUCAAGCCAUUUGACCAUUCCCCACAAUGCAUGGUAAGCAUAGCCAAGCCUGGGGCAGUCCUAGAGGAUCUGGUGCUGUUUGGAGACAACCAGGGCUAUAUCAACCUCCUCACACUGGCUGCUAAGGAUCUCACCAUGAAGAACUCAAAAGGCGGAGAAAAGAAGCCUGCAAAGGAUCAAAACAUUCUGCAUGUGAUCGAGCCUAACAGACUUUCUGUACCGCUGGUGAAACGGAAAAUUCAUGAUGACUGGGUGACAUGUGUGAAAUAUUUUCCAGAACUUCACUGCUUUGCCUCCUGCUCUCCAAGCAGUAAAAUAUCCUUUGUCUUAGAGGAAAUAGAUCGCAUUUAUGACAACCAGGAACCACGGAGUGUGUCCAUUCCAAAGGGAGUUAAUGCCUUUGAUUACUGCGUAAAGGCCAACAUCAUUGCCACUGGUGGUGUUGAUAAAAUCAUACGCGUCUGGCACCCGCAUAUAUUCUCUCGACCUACAGGCAAGCUGUUGGGUCAUCUGUUUACCAUAGUGGAUAUCUGCUGCAACGAGCGUGAUCAGCAUAUCAUCAGCCUGUCUACAGCCCGCGUCUUCCGAGUGUGGGACAUUCACACACUCACCAGUCUACAGGUAUUCACAGACAAUGAGGAGAGGCCCGGAGAGAAGCGUAUCUACUCCAUGCUGUUUGACAACAAGAGUGAGCGACUUCUGACGGGCUCCAGCGUCAUCGACUCCUGGCCCCUCACCCGGGCUGUCCAGGACACCAUGCAGGUCCCACAGACCCAUGAUCGACCUCUGAGUCAGCUUGUGUACAACCGGGAUCUUGGUCAAGUGGUGACCGUCUGCACGGAGUCUGUCUUGAAAGUGUGGGAGAUGGAGAGCGGGAAACUUGUGUACACGAUCGUGGAGGCCCACAAGAAUAGCGUGGAGAUCACGGCUCUAACCCUUGACUCAUCUGGCUAUAGGCUGGCUAGCGGGGCGUUCGAUGGUUCCAUAAAAAUCUGGGAUUUCGGCUCUGGCCAGUGUAUAAAGGAGAAGAGUGGGAGAGCCUCCGAUGAGGAUCUUAGCAUCACUGGACUGGUGUACGCCAAACUGGAGGACGACAGAAUACUCAUAGCAUCCGGCUGGAAUAAUAAACUCAAAGUGUUCCUGGACACGAACGAAAAUUACGACUUGCCAGUGAUUAGAGAAUUCAACGACAUCUACUACUACACGCAAACUCCCGCCCUGAGUGCUUCCAACCCCGCCCCGUAUGACCCCUUCAGACAGAGCCCUCUUCCAGACAUUCAAGGGGACACAAAGGUUUCAAAAGGGUCCAAUAAGGACCCCAGUAACCAUGUCGAGGAUGAAGGUGUGAGCAGGCAGCCAACCAUGUCAAGUCAUCAGAUGUCAAACUUGUUCAAAAAGGAGUACAUGCUGAUGUCCCACGAGAUCUCCUGCGUUGUUCCUUUCGGGCCCGACACACUUCUCACGGGCUGCACAAAUGGAAAUAUCAUAGCUUGGGAUAUUGACAAGUCAUGUGUUGAUAAAGUGUUUCACCUUCCCGAUGGUGACCAACCCCCGGCAUCACGUGGACAGAGUCGAACGACCAACAGAGAGAAACGUGUACACAACAUUCAGAUCUUGGUACACAAAACCAGACGACUUGACCCAGCAUUUAUCCAGAAAGAGCCUUCCUUCCAUGGGAGUGCCAAGGUCCCAGCUGAGGGUGAGACAGAACAAGGGGCCACAACCCAAAGGAGUGACGCUGAAACAACGGACUCACAAGACAAGGAGAAGCAGCCUCCUGAGUCAAAGGCAACGGAUGAACAGAAGGACGAACAGAAGGACUCAGAUGAUGAUGAAGAUGAAUCUAGCACCAAUUCAAAAGAAGAAGAGGAAAAGAAAGACGACGAGAAGAGUGUAGACCAACAGGAUCCAGACGUCAUCCGUGAGCGGGAAAAUGCUGCCAAGUACAUCGUGGAUACGUACGACCCCAUCAUAGUCACAGUGCAUCAGGACUCGUACAUACGUUUCUGGAACACCGAGGGGCACGUGUUGCGGGAGGUAACCGCGGUUACCAGACGGACCGGCACAGCAGUUACUGCCGUCUGCCAUGACGCUGACUGCAAUUUUAUGAUAACUGGCGACCACAAGGGUUAUCUGACGUUGUGGGACAUCGGAAAGUUUCUAAGGACCCCGGAAUCGGAAGAGCAAGAGCUCAUCAAACAGGUGGUCUGCUGGCGAGCACACCUCACCAAGAUUGUCUCCCUUACCUACGUGGAUUCUGUUAAAGCCAUUUUGUCCGCCUCCACGGAUGGCUCUGCCAGAGUCUGGUGGGGUCGUAAAGGCAGGUUUGUGGGUUUCUUCGGCCAGCAUCGUGUUUUCAACUUCCCUGUCUCCGAGGAAAAGGCAGGUGUGCCAACGUUGCCCUACGACAUUUCUGAGGGUCCCCUUGCUCCGGUGAAAACCAAGAGUGCUAUUCAGAAGAUUCGACCAGUGCAGAAGUACGAAUACCCGCUGAUCUUUGUGGAGGAAAAAUGGCAGCCAUUUAAGCGCUCAGCUUAUCUACGGUCAGACCAGGACAGAAAGAAGCCCCUGGACCCAAAGGACAAGAAGUUCUUUGAGGCCCUCAUUAAACCAAAGGCUUACAAUGACCACCUUGAGGGUGUGGCUCCAGGAAGGAAGAGGGAUGGGGCAGUGUUCAGGGCCCUACCUGUCUACAGGGUUCGAACUCCUGAGAGGCCCAAAACUCCAGUGAUGACCUUGAACAUCCGCUCCAACAAUGACGCUCAUGAUGCACCACAACAAAAAAGUUCUGUUGUGCAACAACCUAACGCAGCUUAUGAGCGCCGCGCUGACCCUUCAGCUAACCAAACCCCUCGUUACUCAACCCCUAUUGCCUCAGGUCAAACACGCAUGCAAAAACUCUAUCUCCAUAUGCAGGACAAACAACGAGGAAACAAAAGUAUAAAGGAGGGCAGCUCCAAUUCGGUAUCACCUAGAAGGCAAUCUGUGUUUCAAAAGGGGGGCUCAACACGACGUGAAUCUGUCAUGAGCAUCAGAACUGCAGCGUCAGUAUUGCCUCCCAUUACCACUGCGUCAUCUUUAACACAGAAAUAAUGAUUAUGUUAGCCUGAGCAUAGAUAUAAGUCUUGCUCUGGGAAAAUUGUGCAGAAUGCAUGUGUGUAAAGUGUGGUCACAUAUUAGCCUGUGCAGUCUGCACAGGCUAAUCAGGGAAAACACUUUCAGAUUUUAAUGGUAUUUUCGUUUAAAGGAGGUAUCGUUUUAGGGAAAAUUCACUUAUAGCGGAAAGUGUUGUUCCUAAUUAGCCUGUGCGGACUGCACAGGCUAAUUGGCGUUGACACUUUGUGCACAUGCAUGAAGCUUGUUUUUCGCAGAGUGAGGCUCAUACAUUAAUAAGGCUAUAGGUAUACUCAGGCAAGAUAAUGUUUAAUGAAUAAGGCUAUAGGUAUUCUCAAGCAAGAUAAUGUUUAAUGAAUAAGGCUAUAGGUAUUCUCAAGCAAGAUAAUGUUUAAUGAAUAAGGCUAUAGGUAUUCUCAAGCAAGAUAAUGUUUAAGGAAUAAGGCUAUAGGUAUUCUCAAGCAAGAUAAUAUUUAAUAAAUAAGGCAAUAGGUAUUCUCAAGCAAUAUAAUGUUUAAUGAAUAAGGCUAUAGGUAUUCUCAUAUACAUGAACAUGACUAUAGGUAUUCUCAAACAAGAUAAUGUAUAAAUAAUGCUUAGUUUGUAUAGGGUAUCUUAAAUGAAAUAUCGUUUAAUAAUCCUGAUGAUGUACUGAAUACUUUUUACCUUGAUAAUAGCAUAGUUAAAGUUAUAAGAAGCAUAAUAAUGUUUAAAUUAUGCUAAAGAUAAAACAAUAUCAUACUUCAAGACAUGUAAAUGAUACUUAUGUUACAUUAAAAGACAUGUAAAUGAUGUUAUACUAAAAGACAUGUUAAUUGUACUGAUUUUAUACUGAAUGACAUGUAAAUGAUACUGGUGUUAUACUAAAAGAAAUGUUAAUUUUAUUGAUGAUGUACUUAAAGACAUGUAGAUGAUACUGAUAAUAAAAUGACUGCUUUUAAGACUGAUGCUUCUUAUAUAUUUAAAGAAAUUGUUAUUUUGAAAAUCAUAUAAAUAAUAUUGUUUUGUGUUGUACUUAUUAAGAUAAAUUUUAUGAGAGUUUUUUAAUGAACUUGGUAAGUAUAAUUUAUAAUACCGGUGCGGUAUUGUAUAUCUAAUACUGUUUAUGAUAUACUAGAAGCUGAUAUUAUAUAUAUCAAAUCGAUUUAAAUAUUACUAAUAUCAGCUUGCUCUGAAAAUAAACCAUGUACCUGUAUACAUGUUAUCAUUUAUCAAAAACCUGGCCUUGGGAAAACAGAGAUUCAUGCAAAUAUGUAAAGCGUCGUCACAGUUUAGCCUGUGCGGAUUGGGACGACACUUUUCACUUAGACUGGACUUUCCUUUAGAAAAGACUUUAUCAAAACAAAAAAUUUCAUAAAAAAGGAAAGUGUUUUCCCUUAUCAGCCUAUGCUGAUUGCACAGGCUUAUCUGGGAUGACACUUGAAGAACAUACAUUUAACUCUGUUAUAUGAGAGCUAAUAUCAUAUUUAGCUUGCUAUUAAAUUUGAUGACCACUCUCCAAUAUUUUGGGCAUUUACUUCAAAUAAAUCAAUAAAUUUAAAGUUUAUUCAUAUUUGUUUAUUAUGAUUGCUUGGUUUUUGGAUGCUUUCAAGUGAAACAUAUGAUAGAUAAUAAAAUAGAUUUAUUGAAUAUGUUUUGCAAGUGCAACUAAAACUUUUGCACAAAGAACAAGUUUUCAUAUUCUGAUAUUGCAUAUUUUGAAUGUAUAUCAUUUGUAAUGCGUAAUUAUUUUAUUCAUGUAUAUAAAUUGUGUGCAUUUGUUGUUUUUGACAUUUUUUAGAAAACGCAUACCAGUAUUUUUUUACUAACUUAUUAAUAUAUUUAUAAUCCAAUUUAUGUUAUACUAACAUACAGAGACUGUGAUAUGUUUAUUUGUUGUUUACAAAAUGUGAAAAUCUGUAUUUAUAUUUAACAUGUGCUGUUUGUUUUAGGUAAUGAUGAC